AUGAGCGAGUCAUACGGUCCCAUUGUCCGUCUCUGGGGCAUUCAUCCUUCCAAGCUUCCGGCUGUAGGAUCACAGUCCGAAGAUCUCAAAGUACUCCUCGCUUCAAUCCUUCUCGAAGGCUUGUCUUUUAUAGAUACCGUUCCUUCUGAGAUCCCCUCUGUGGAGCCUGCCACAGAGCUACGCUCCACAGGUGAUCUAUGGAAGCACAAAGCAGUCAAGAAAUACGACGGCUCGACAGCCCCUGUUCAUGUGUUUGAGCGUACAGUAGACGCCGACACCCUGGGCAUCGUCGCCCAGAAGAAUCCCGGCCUUGGCGUCUCUCCCAACAAAGCCCAGUCGGAACUCUGGGCACUACGACGAAGCACUCACGAACCAAAGAAGGAAAAGGGAACGGCAGAUUGGGAUGAGUUUGUGAGAUGUUUCAAGGAGAAGCAUGCUGAAGCUGAAAGCAUCUUUACCCCAGGUGUCGUGAGCUUCAAGAGGCUACAAGAGUGGGAUUGCUCAGGUAUCGAGGUCCAGCUCGAAGGCGAGACGUGGGUUGACUGGACACUUCGUCGCGAAGAAUCCGUCCAUGAUCUCCCUGGCCCGCUAUCUAAGCGUGUCUUUCCAGUUCUCCAAGCCACAGCUGCUGUACGUGGCCGCAAGGAGUUCAUGAUCAUUCAGAUCGCUAUCCGGGCCAGUGACGAUGCUACAGACGUGGCUGUGCACGAUGGUCCUGUCCGAGCGGCAUACUCCAGCAUUGAGAGGGUGCGAGAGCUGGAAGGUGGCAGCUUGGAGUGGGUGAUGGGGACAGUGUCCGAUGCGAAGGGGUUGGUGCCUAUGUGGGCGCAGAAGUUGGGCUUGUCUGCAGCGAUCGCCAAGGACGUGGGUAUGUUUUUGAGAUGGAUUGGAGAGGAGAGACUGAAGGGAAAAGAUGCUGAUGUUAUUGGGGAUCUGUAA